CACCGGUUCAACCAGCCAUCACACAGCCAUAGACCAUGGCUCAUACGCAUGGAUGCAUCUUUGUUACUUUUCUACUUGAUGCCACCCUUAUAGAACCAUGAGCGGCCUAAAUUUUACCAACCCGAGUUUUUUAACUCCUUACCAUAGCCUUCACUCGUACAUGGGCUCGCCACAAGACAAGCCCUCCAGAUCGAGUCCUAAGGCUGACACAGAUACAUCGGUACAGGAUGGACAGGUCCUUUCCAGCCCAACGUCUAUCGCUUCUCGACAGAGUCGUCCAGGUCAAAGCCGGAAGAAGCGAAUGGUCUUUUCGGAUCCCAUUGCCUUCCGCUACUUGGAAGAGGAUCCUGCGACUGAUGCUAUCGAGCGCUGGAGGCGACUUGAAGGCUACGAACUAUACAUCGUAGAACAAUGGGUGUGCUCGAGAACGCACCCGACUUUCGUGAUCUGCACCUACACCGGCGACACGUCGCACUCUAUCCUGGUCAACGUUCUGGCAGUACCUAGCGACGAAAGUACCUGGUCACCUCGACUACAAGUCUACUUCCAAGCAGUAACUCAAUCUUAUGCCAAAGAAAAAGACACGCCCUUAGGGACUCUCAUGGUUACGAAUUUAAGCAGCUUUCCGGCGACCUUGACGGUAAUUCCUAUUCCAGAUGGCGAUGUCAGGAAACACAAGGACGACUUCAUUGUCAACGAAAACCUCAAGCGCAUGGGCUGCUCAGGAAGAGCCGGUAUCAACCUUCAGCCCCCUCAACCUAGUACUAUUGCCAAAUUUCACCACCUGUAUCGAACCAGCGAAAGCGUACCGCUGUAUCAAUCUGUCAUGGAAUUGGUCCGCGUCUGUCAAAUUGCGCUGGUCAUGUACGACAAAUUACAGCCCGCGUAUGCUGAUGGGCUACUGUGCGAUGUUACUGAGAAAGCAGUCAAUGAUUGGUGGACUGAUAUUGGCACUUAUUUCUACAAUGUCGGACCCAAUGAUGGCGUCCUUGGUCCAAGCAGUGUGGCAGCUCUUCUUGGUCUUCUCAUCGGCGCGUAUAAUCGUCUGAAAGCUUUUGGAUCCACAGUCGGCAAAGACGUUCUCGAUAUCUACCAGAUGAAACGUGCCAUAGGACAUUUUCAAAAAAGUCAUAAAAUGGAGAAGACACGACGUUUAGACCGCGAGACUCUGGAUCGACUACACCGAGCGACAGCGAAGAAUGCUGCCGGCGAAGGCUGGACCGUUCCAAAGGCCGUCAAAUCAACUGUGGCUGAGCUGAGUGGCAAAGGUGGCGAGAUGGUCAUGGGCAUUGUGGGAGCUCGUGAGAAGGUUGGUAUCUCCGAAGCAGAAACCCUUGACAUUGAGCGCUUUGCCCAAGUCGUCACUGGUCCAAAGUUGAAGUGGCUAUGGCAGGGCAAACCAAUAAAGUCUGGAGACUUUGUGGCUGCUGUUGACUCACUGAACGGCCGAGUAUUCAAGACCGAUGAUCAGGGCAACUUUCUUUGGACUGGGGAACACCAGGAUGCUGUAUUUGAAGGGGCGACUCUUGAGAGGAUCGAUACCGGCCUCACAAACCAGACAUCUGAUGGUCGAUCAAAUCGCAACCGCAUAAGGGAUGCCGUGGGCGGGCUGAAGACCCAUCGCUCUCAGUAUUCAAAGGACGGCGAAGAUGUCCAAGACUGGGCUGAUGCUGGCUACGCCAGAUCAUCCCGUCAUUUUCAUCGCGAUUACAACGGACGGCCUGUAUUGAGCUCAAGGCCAACCGGGCCACCAGCGUUCGAUAUGGCACUACUUGAAGCUGGAACAACAUCACCCAAGGAUAUGCGUGGGCAGCCUCUACAAGGCAUGGAUGCUACUCAAGAGAAACAGAUCCCGUCUCACCGGCAACAACUAAGACAAGCCCUGCCAGGAGAUUCUCCAAGAAGGAAGAAAGUCAAUGCUGAACUCGCUGAGCUACGCAACGAGUUCCAAUCUGACAUAUACAGAAACUUCUCAGCCGAGAUGCCGUACAGGGGCAUACAUAGUCGAGUGUUGCGAGGGUCGGCAAGCGCUGUCGCACUGACCAGCAGACUUGACGUUGACAGCCCUCGCACUAACAGGCUCAAUCGGCGCUUAUCGUUCAGCAUGCUGGAGAAUGCCGUCCUGAGAAUGCCAGUAAAUGUGGCUGAGGAGGGUAUUGUCAAGGGUCAAAUCGAAGGCGAUCUCACCAAUGCUCUUGCUGAGCGCGAUUCACUGGUGGCAGCUGCACAAAAGAAGGCACGACGAAUACAAACCAUUCAGCAAGCACUUAUACCGUAUACAGAGAGUAGAGUGGCCCAUGUGGAAGCACUUGACCACGCUGCCCAUCAGAAUCUAGAACACCUACACGAGCUGUACUACCAUCGCCUAGAUGAGUACCAGACCUUGCAAGCGACAUCUUCCGACCUUGUGUCUCAUGAAAAGGCAGGAUUGACUGAGAGUCUUAGGAGGAUUGAAAUGUUAGGUGCCAAGAUGGACUAUGAGCUCGACUCGUUGCAAUCUAGGUUACAGGAGGUUGAAGAUGGUGUGAACGACUUUGAGCGAAACGUUCUUGCCAUCGAAGAGAAAGUGAAGCAAUUGAUUGGCGAGGAGAACCAAGCUUCAGUCCCAUGGCUACAACGCAUGUUCAACUUCAUGGGCUCACGGAAAGUAUCCAAAUCUAGUUGACUGACAUGGUGGUUUGAAUGAAUUUAGCGAGGCGUUGGGAGGUUACAAAGGUCGGAACCAUAAAGAAUACGACAUAAUAUUGAUUCUCUUCA